AUUGCUUGACAGAGUUGUGGAACGUAUAUCUUCGUUAUUGGACAGGACGCAGAAUUUACACGAAAACUGGGUUCGUGGGCCGUAUCUUGCUCGAUUAGCCUUCUUCAGCCGAAUGCUUGAUGCUGGAUUGAUGCCAUGCAACCUACUAGGUACGCUUGGACUCGGAUGUGUUACUGUAGUAUUUCGCCUGGAAUUAUUUGAUCAGCACGUUCUCACGAUUUCUUUUUACGAAGCGUCCGGAGUAACCACAGAUGCACAUUGGGCAGAUAUUGUAUAUCAGCGUAUUCGUCGUGGAUUGGGAAUGCACGAGAAUCUGUCGCCUGUGGAAAAAAGGCAAACUGUUAACUAUUUGGUGAAAAUGAUGAAUUGCUGUUCGGACUCGGACCUGGCCGCAACGGGAUAUGCACAUUUGGCUGCAAAUUUGCUAUGGGAUUUGUAUGUCGAAAAGAGUGGGAAUUUUUUACUUAUUUUUUAUUUCUGCACUAUCAACACUGAGACACAACGAUGUAGCAUUAACCAAAGCAGAUGGAAUAAUUGGCCAGCGUACCCGAUUGACGGUGCGGUGAUGCGUUUUUUGCACAGUUUCCCACGGAUUUUUAUCGCCACCUGCACUGUUUUUUUUUCUUGA